GUCAGCUCUAGUUGCCCAGCCACAGAGAAAGAAAGAGGAGGCGCACAAUUUGCCAUUGAUAGAAUAGUUCAGCAAUCUUAAUAUUUUUUUUAACGAUUAUUAUAGUUUAAAUUGACAUAUCCACUACGCACCUGGGCUAGUCUACAGGCACAGUUUACCCCCGCUCUGGCACACUUGCAACCCGAAAUGAGCGGCAGCGGGCGGCCCAGGACUAGCUCGUUUGCUGAGCCUCCAGGGGUCCCGGGAGCCGCUGCAGCCGCCGCCGGAUCAGCCGUCGCUGGCGGAAGCUCUUCAGGAAAGACGGGGGGCGCGCAGGCCGCAGGCGGGAGUUCGUCUGGUUUCGGAAACCUAAAGCUGGGCAGGGAUAGUGGGAAAGUAACAACGGUAGUAGCCACACCAGGGCAGGGUCCGGACCGUCCUCAGGAGGUCUCGUACACAGACAUCAAGGUGAUCGGGAAUGGCUCAUUUGGAGUGGUGUACCAGGCUCGACUCAUCGACAGCCAGGAGAUGGUGGCCAUAAAGAAGGUGCUUCAGGAUAAGAGGUUUAAGAACCGUGAGCUACAGAUAAUGAGGAAGUUGGACCACUGUAAUAUUGUCAGGCUACGCUACUUCUUCUACUCCAGUGGAGAAAAGAAAGAUGAAGUGUAUCUAAAUCUGGUGCUUGAUUUUGUACCAGAAACCGUGUACAGGGUGGCACGCCACUUCAACAAGUCCAAGACCACCAUCCCCAUUAUCUAUGUCAAAGUGUAUAUGUAUCAGUUAUUUCGCAGUCUGGCAUAUAUUCAUUCCCAAGGCGUCUGCCAUAGAGACAUAAAGCCACAGAAUCUCCUGGUGGACCCAGACACAGCUAUACUCAAACUGUGUGACUUUGGCAGUGCAAAACAGUUAAUUCGGGGGGAGCCCAAUGUGUCAUACAUCUGUUCGCGGUAUUACCGCGCUCCUGAGCUAAUAUUUGGAGCCACGGAUUACACAUCCAACAUUGAUAUCUGGUCAGCUGGCUGUGUAUUAGCAGAGCUGCUUCUGGGACAGCCCAUAUUCCCCGGUGACAGUGGAGUGGACCAGCUAGUGGAGAUCAUCAAGGUUUUGGGGACCCCGACGAGAGAACAGAUCCGAGAGAUGAACCCCAACUACACAGAGUUUAAAUUCCCACAGAUCAAAGCACACCCUUGGACGAAGGUGUUUAAGCCGAGGACCCCUCCUGAAGCCAUCUCGUUGUGUUCUCGUCUGUUGGAGUACACACCAGUGACGCGGCUCUCUCCGCUGGAGGCCUGUGCACACGCCUUCUUUGACGAGCUGCGUCAGCCGAAUGCCCGUCUGCCUAAUGGCCGAGAACUUCCCCAACUCUUCAACUUCAGCCCUGUGGAGCUGUCUAUCCAACCACAGUUGAACUCCAUUCUCAUUCCUCCCCAUGCUCGCUCGCAGACGACACCUGCCUCACACGAGGGCAGCGGUUCAGACGGUCCAGCCCAGUCUAGCUCAGCACCGGGACCCCUGAGCAACAACACCUAAUUGUUCCCUUGGCAUUUCUGCGACGUUAUCACCCCUCUCUCCUCAUCCCUUCUUUCUCAUUCCUCUCUCCUUCCCAAAAGCAGCUCCAAACAGUCUCUCUCUCUCACAAACACACAAGCACGCACACUCGUCACCUCGUGUUAUGUGUCGUCAUGAUGAAAGAAGUGUUUGAUGCCCAGAUUAAUGACGUCAAUCAUCACAGGAUUUAAAUUUAGCAUGAUGAUUGUCAUGUUUCGGUUUAAAGACUGGGAAGGCCCGCUUAGGGCACAUGUGCCCCCUAGUGGCAUGAAGAGCACCGCACAGUUUCUGCUCUCUGCCUCUGGUACCUUCCAUUUGACUUUUAAACAAUAUGUCGAGCUCAUUUAAAUAUAAUUUUGCUCUUAAAGUGAUACGUUUUAGCUUUCUUUAGGAUGGGUUUUAUGAAGCGGUGAGCGUGAGUUGUCAGUGUCUGUGUGUCAGGAUGUGCUGUUUCUCUUCGCAGAGAUGAAAAUGGGUGUCUUUAUGUGCGAAUGUCAAUUUUAAGUAAUCAUUGCACACUUUUUGUUUUAAUUUCUUUUAAGGAGAGUAUUUGGAGAAGUUGAGGCAAGGUUUAUCUGGGGUUUUUUUUGUCAGUUUCAUUGUAAAACGUGCUCACUUUUGUUUUUUGUGCAUGCGCGCACACACACACAUAGCUGGUAGGUCAGUCCCAUCACUAGCUGUGUUAGCUUUUCUGUUGUACAAGAGUCUAUGCCACGUGUGUGUUUAUAUACAUCGGCAUGCCUGUUAAAUGUGGAUUUAGCUGAUGUUCAUCUAAAAGACACGUUGAUACAUGAGCCCACACACACCAUGAACACUUAGCAAAUGAGACUGGAGCUGUUUGUCUUUCCCUUCUUCCAUCCUUCCUAUCUUCUCCUCCUCUCAUUGCUAAUAUGUAAAUGCCAUGUACCUUUUAUUUUGUUAUUUUUGUUAUUGUUAUUCUGUUGUCCUUGUAAUUAGAUUUUUCUUCUAGUGGAGCAAUGCUGGAAUGAGCAGAAACCAGCCUUUCUUGGUCUCUCUUUCUCUCUCUCUCUGUCUCUCGGCCGCCCUCCCUCCCUCUUUCCUCCUAUCCCUUCAUCAUACAACUGUAUAUAACA